AUGGAUUGCACUCCUGAUUCUUCAGGCGACGAUGACGACGGCCACCAGCAGCAUAGUCGUAAGCGCACCGGCGACGCCGCCACCGAAGCAGAUGACGGUUUCCGGAAGCCACCAAAGAAGAAGGUCUCGAAGCAGCCGCAGCGGCGGCCUGACACGGACGCGGUGCCAACGUCUAACCGCUACGACGUCAUUCAAGACGGCGCGGACGGCGUUCCACCGCCCCAGCAGCAGCAGCAACAGCAGGGGGCGCAGCAGCAACCGUCCCAACCUCAGCUGCAGCGGAAGGAGGACCAAGAGUAUAUGACGACUACGCGCGACCAGGACGAUGAGAUGGACUAUUCUACCGACCCUCCCCGUGAGGACUGCGCUGCCGGCGCCCCGCAGAGGGUGCUUCAGCGCAAGCGCUCGGCUGUCACGUCCGCCAGUGACGACCCACACACUUCUGGUACGAGUGACGCUGGAUUCAAGAAACCGCCACCUAAGAAGAGGGCGGCUCCACGACGGCGCCCGACCGUUGUCCCUGUGCCUACUGCCAAUCAGUACGACGCCCUACAGGAUGGCGCCGACUCUGAAGAUCCUGACGAGCCUCCACCGGCGGCCGCCGACGAUGCUACACCUCUCUCCGGCCCUAAGCUGCCGCCGAUUACGUCCCGCUCCGAUGGCCAACAGCAGCGGCGCCGAGCUGCGCCACCACCUGCUCCACCUGCUACUCCUCCGCGACAACCCGCCCAGCGGCGCCUGCUUGCUGCUCGGGCGGACCUUGGUUACGCCGACGUCCUCCAGGGCCGGACGACGCCUCCUUCUGCCCCUGCUGUCCAGCCUCUGCGACGCUCUGAAGAUGGGCCUGCUCCACCUGCUGCGGCUGCUGAUUUCAUCGCGGUCUUGCAAGAAGUCCAGGCCACCCUCGUGGCUGUCUCUGCCGCUCUGGCCCAGCUGCCGACCGCCAUCACUGCUGCAGUCCAUGCAGCCCUCCGAAGUUUCCCCGCUGCCACGGCGAUCGCAUCCGCUGGCCAUGGCUCACAACCUUAG